CUGAGACGCGCGCAUGAUGGACUGGUGGCUCACGCUGCUGGUGGGCCUGCUGCUCCUGCUGCUGCUCCACCUGCGCGCUCACUCGCACUACUUUGUCGACGAGUCCCUCUACAUCCUGCGCAGCCUGAACCUUGGCUGCCGCCUCGUCAAGUACAAGACGGUCCGACCCUUCUACAGCAUCCUGGACCGCUUUCUGGACCGGGUCCGGCAGAACCCUCAGAAGAUCUUUCUGCACUUUGAAGGGCAGAGUUUCACCUAUGCAGAGGCGGACCGUCAGAGCAACAAGGUGGCCAGAGUUCUGCAGGAGCUCGCCCGGCUGAAGGAGGGGGACACGGUGGCUCUGUUCCUGGCCAACGAGCCCCGCUUCCUCUGGACCUGGCUGGCUCUGGCCAAGCUCGGCUGCCCGGCCGCGCUCCUCAACUUCAACAUCCGCUCCAAGUCUCUGCUGCACUGUUUCUCCUGCUGCGGGGCCAAAGUGCUGAUCGCCUCUGCAGAGCUCCAGUCGGCUGUGGAGGAGAUUCUCCCGACGCUACAGAGGGAGGGCAUCGCUGUUUUCCUCCUGUCAGACACGUGUCAGACACCAGGGAUCAACACUUUGUCUGACAAGAUCCCUCAGGCGUCAGACCUGCCGCUGCCCAGAGAACUGAGAGCCAACGUCCACAUUCGCAGCACGGCGCUUUACAUCUACACGUCUGGGACCACAGGUUUACCAAAGGCAGCGGUGGUCACUCAUGAGAGGGUGUGGGCCGCCUCCUUCAUCCAGGCCGUGUGUGGCGUCAACGCUGAGGACGUUCUGUACAUCAAUCUGCCUUUGUACCACAGCGCCGGCUUCCUCAUCGGCAUGACCGGGGCCAUAGAUCGAGGUAUGACUGUGGUGCUGAAGAGGAAGUUCUCCGCGUCUCAGUUCUGGGACGACUGCAGGAAGUACAACGUGACGGUGGUGCAGUACAUCGGAGAGACCGUGCGGUACCUCUGUAACAUGCCCCCGAAGAACAAUGACAAGGAUCACAAGGUGAGGAUGGCCAUCGGGAAUGGCGUCCGCACGGAUAUUUGGACCCAGUUUCUUGGGAGAUUUGGCAACAUCAAAAUGAAUGAACUGUAUGGUGCGACGGAGGGAAACAUUGGCUUCAUCAACUACACCUCAAAGGUCGGUGCUGUGGGACGAGUCAACCCCGUCCAUAAGUUCUUCUUCCCCUUCACUCUGAUCAAGUUUGACAUCGAGAAAGAGGAGCCGAUCCGAGACGCGCAGGGACUUUGCAUCCAAGCGGCCAAAGGUGAGGUGGGCCUCCUGGUGGGGAAGGUGACCAAACGAUCUCCCUUCAGCGGCUACGCGGGAAACAAACAGCAGACGGAGAAGAAGCGGCUGCAUGACGUGACAAAGAAAGGAGACUUGUUCUUCAACACCGGCGACCUGUUUCGGGUGGACCCAGACAACUUUGUCUACUUCAUUGACCGAGUGGGAGACACGUUCAGGUGGAAAGGGGAGAACGUGGCCACGUCGGAGGUGGAAGACAUUCUGACUCUGGCUCGCUGCGUUUUGGAGGCGAAUGUUUACGGCGUGAAAGUUGACGGCUACGAGGGGCGGGCUGGUAUGGCGGCCAUCACUCUGAAGGAAGGGGAGGAGUUUGAUGGGUCAGACACGUACGGACAGGUCGUGACCUUUCUGCCGGCGUACGCCCGACCACGAUUCAUCAGGAUCAAGCAAUCUUUGGAGAUGACUGGAACCUUUAAGAUGAAGAAGGUGCUGCUGGUGCAAGAAGGAUUCAACCCGGCGCUCAUCACCGACCCCUUGUUCUUCCUGGAUCCGGUGAAAAAGACGUACGUUCCUCUGACUGAAGACAUUUACAACACAAUCUCCUCUGGAGCUGUCAAGCUCUAACAGAACACACGUUCAUCGUCUGCUGCUCGAAGAUGUGGUCGAACCGCUGAUCUCAGGGAGGAGUUGGAGGUUUUGGAACCAGAUUUUACUGCUUUUAUCUCGUAGUUCAGAGCGAGAUAAACUUACAAAAACGUACAUGUUGCAAAUCUUCUGUCUUUCUUUACCUCGGUACCAAUGGUUGAAGUUUACGGUUUCAACCAUUCAAGCUCAGAUAGUUUUUGAACUCGAUUUUUAUACUUGAUUUUUGUAAUGAAAUUAAUAUGAAGACAUUCUUUUACUAUCAGUUGGCCGUCGACCUUUGGCACUGACGACGUCGCGUUUGCCGCAGUGCGCUUUUACUGCAGCUUUAUCAGGUUUUAUGUUUGUUGAUCUUCUCUCAUGUUACGUGACUUCACUGAAGUGAAUUGAAUCUGUGAACUGUGUGAAGUUUUGUGACUGUCGAGAUUCAAGAUGUUGGUGUUGCCACCCUGAGCUGAUGUGAAAGUGGUGUCGCGCAUUAAAGGGCGCGCUACCAAACCUGUACUUGCUCCAAGCGAUCACGUGACCUCUUUUCAACCACCUCAACUCGGUAAACACUGGUGUCACAGCUCCCGUUUCACAAAGGGAUUAAAGGAGAAUAUUAAAUCUACGUGUGUGGAUGAAAAAUGAAGAGUUAGUUUAACCAAAUGAUCACCGCAAUGUGACGAAAUACAUAAAAAAAAUGUAAAAAAAAAAAAAUUAAAUUGAGAACUAGUACUUGCAAAUACCUAACAUAAUAAUAGCUUACGGAAAAUAAAUAUUACCAUUCAGAAAAAUUCGAUGUGGAAUAAAUCACAAUGUAAUGUGAGGAGAGUAAAUGAAUGCAUUUUUUUUAAGUGAUUUAAUUUGGCAGUGCAAUAAUAAAAGUAAUGCACAAAUAAAAUAAAAUCAAAUGAACGAAUAUGAAUAAAAUAUUGGACCAAACACACAGCGACCUCUGGCAGAUGGUCAGCAGAAGAGUCACACGCCUGUGUCAAAAGCAGUACACAGAAACUGGAGCAGGUGAUGUAGUUACUUUAAAAAUGAAUUUAUUAUUUAAUACAGUGGUGUAUACUUAGAAAUGUGUGUGGCAAACAGGAAACAGAAACCAAAAAAUCCAUAAAAUAAAUAAAAACAAUGUCAGCACACAGGAAAACAAACAAGUGUCAGGUUGAAGCCGUGUUAUAUCAAAAGAAAAUAGUACUGAUGUGCCGUAAUAAAUUGUCUAUUAGUACAAAAAUACAUUUCAGGGCACACAAUACAGCAUCCAGUAUCACAAAUAAAGAAGGGACCACUGGCCGCAGCAGACCCCCCUUCUAGCACAUCUUUUUUUUUCUUUUUUAAACCAAGCACUUCUCUAGUUUUGUAAAUAACAAUAAAAAGUUUGACAGAUAAAAAUGCCUUAAGUAGAGUGUCGGUGUGAACGUGUGAGUGUGUUGGUAGAAAAGUCGGACUUAUUACUGCGUGUGUCAGUUCCAAGGCUCAGGGGUUUAAACCGGAAUACAAACCAAUGUAACCGCUUUCUCUUUUUAAAUAAACUUUUUUUACUCUUUUAUACAAAAUAACAAAGAUGUACAAAAGUUAAUUUACAGAGAACCAAGGCCAUGUGCUAGCGUUAUGUACAGCCACAAUUUUAAACAUCCUCGAGCUUCUUUUUUUUUUUAAUUUCAAUCCAUUUCCUCAGACGUCAUAUGCAUAGCAGUAAAAGAAAGCAAACCGUUUCAUCAGCCUCAAUUAUUCGUGUGUGUGUGUGUGUGUGUGUGUGUGUGUGUGCGCGCGCUGAAGUCCUAGUUCAGGAGAGAAAUGCAACUUUUGACCGCUGAAACCCAGGGAUCUGACGUGGGAACGUUUGACUGAAAAGUUAAUAUGCAGAUAAGGCAUCACUGCUCGCAGUGUCGAUGGGAUUCUCAUGUGUAGAACUUAGUAGUAGCAGGCGUCUGGACCUGAGUCGUAGCACAUGCAUAGAUCUCUAGACAGCACGAGUUUGUAAAAGUCAAGUCAGUAUAUUUAACUACAGUAAAACUUUGCUACAAAAAGUUUGAAAGAGUGAGCAGGGUUCUCCCCAGGAUUUUUGAGCAGCGUAGGGGGGGAGUGGGCGACAGACGGACGACGUCCUGCUCCACAGACGGCGAGGGAGUGCUGACAUUGCAUCACACUUCCCUAUAUGUUGACAAAAACAGCUGGGGGUGAAAAUCCCAGCGCAGGGUGCCCCUAUGCUGCCAAAGCGCUGGGGAGAACCCUGGUGAGUGCUCAGUCCCAACAAACCUUCAUCCUCUUUUCCUUCCUUCACAACCCGGGCUCAGCAAGUCCUCGCAUCCUCCCGCAUGACCCGAGAACUCACAAACAAAAGUUUUGCAUAUAUCAACUUUGCUGUUUGUGAGUUUUAUUACUUUUUUUUUUUAAGAAUACACAAAAAAAGAGUUUCCAAAAUUCUUCUUUUUCUCUCACUGCUCUGGUCUUUUAGAAAACUGGCUAAAAACGACGAUUCCUCAGUCUGUGGCACUGGUCAUGCAUUCCCAACUCUGUUCCGUUGUUCAUCUUGUUUUUUUUUUUUUUUUUUUUGCAAGCCUUGAAAGCACCGACGAAAAUGAAAGGAUAGAAGUGCAGCUUCCACUCCUCCCUCUCCCCUUGUGUUCUUGUCUUCCUUUAAGAAACAACCAAACUCUCGGGCACAGUAAACAAGGUGAGGAUGAGCCUCUUCCGGUGUGGUGAGUCCAGUUCAUCACAUUCAGUAACAGACCAGCUGUUUCCCGCUUCAGAAGUGGUCGAUGAGCACAGACACGCAGUUUGCACCCACCAGGUAGUUUGGGUCUCCAGGGAGGGAUUUGUUCUGCCAAGUUUUCGGAUCACCUGGAGGAGGACAGGGUUACAGAGUGAGCAGGAAUCUUCGCAAGGAGACGCGCACGCGUUCUUCUUUACUUCAUUGACGUGUCGCUCGCCACCAAUGUGAUUCUAACGCCCCCAUGUGGUGAAGUGAUGUAGUAACGGAUAGAAAAUGGUGUGAAUAAAGUUUCUGAGGAAAACUGCAAUUUCAUAUUAAACAAAUUUAAAUGUAAAAAAAAAAGUUAUUUAUGUUAAGGUUUUCAAUAUUUAUGGGGCAAUAAAGCAGCCAGAAACAGUGGGUCCCCAAAUGUUCCCGAUGACAAACGCUUUGCAAAUUUGAGGAAUUGCCCCAAAAUUAAUAUCAUCAAACGUGCCACAUAGGA